AUGUUCUCAAAUAUUUUAUUAAACGCAGAAACAGCAGAAAAACGUUUGGCCGAUAUUAAAACUAAGGUUGAAGAGUUAAAGAAAAUCAAAGUAGAAGAAAAAAUUCAAGAGUUAGUGAAAGAGAACUCAAGUUUAGUAAAAAAAAUUGAAGUAGCAAAAAGUGAACUCAUUAGCCUAGAAACUUCGAAUGGCAAGAAACAAUAUCCUUUACCAGACUCAUUAUAUGUUGAAAAGAUUGAUUGUGGGGAACAAACACCGAGAACUGUUGUGUCUGGAUUAGUAAACUAUGUUCCCAUUGAUGAAAUGAGAGACAAAUUUGUAAUGGUGCUCUGCAAUUUGAAACCAGUUAAGAUGCGAGGAAUUAUAUCAGAAGCAAUGGUCAUGUGUGCUUCAUCACCUGACAAAGUUGAAGUUCUUAUUCCACCACCUGCUGUUUUGCCUGGUGAUCUUGUGCACUGUGAAGGUUAUCCCAGGGAACCCGAAGUACAACUAAACCCUAAGAAGAAAAUAUUUGAGACUUGUGCUCCUUAUUUGAAAACAAAUGAUGACAAAGUUGCGUGUUACAAAGACAGCCCACUUUUUGUUCCUGAGAAAGGAGUUAUUGUAGCACCUUCAUUAAAAGGUGUCAAUGUUAAA